AUGUUACCACAUGUUAACGCUACAAGCCACAAUCGCAGCAAACGAGGACCCAUACCGUGGCUUAUAUUUCCCACUACUUCGCCUACUCGUGUACAAUUCAUCGGCGGUAUAGGUAUACCAGUGGAGCAUCUGCAAUUCGAGGCCAUUACAACAGGAUAUGUUCUGAAGGCUGAGUAUUGGCUACCUAUAUCGCCCGACGAUCUGCGCACACCUACUGCGCUGCCCGUGAAUCAGGUCAUUACGCCGGGUCCCGUGACGGGAGCACGUCGUCGACAAAGACCCAUGUUUGAGAAUUUUCUGGUUGGUGCAAAUGAGCUGGGAAAGAAUACCCGGCAGUUGCUCUCGCGUACCAAUAAGGUGCUGAGCAGCUAUCGGUGGACCGCGUACAAGGGCCUGGAAGGUUUAGCGAAUCGCUUGGGCCUGCAAGGGCGGAUUUGUGUGCUGAAAAGCAUUUGUGAGGCCGCAGAGGAGCCAUUCCACGUGGCCAAUGGACUAUUUGCAGAGCUCUUUCACAUAUUGCUGACUCCCUCCUCCUCGGUGGACAAGCUGUCGGAGCACGCAGAUAAUGAGUUCUACCACGCGGAGAAGAUGGGUCAAUCGGGAGCUGGCUGUGAGCGCGUUUUUAAGGAGUGCCGACGCAGUUUGUUGCAACACUUCAGUGAACUGUACGAUAAUUUGGAGCACAUUUUAUCUUAG